GUAACUGUCAGUGACAGCAUAGUGAAUCCAAUACCCGGCCCUGUAAUGAAUUCCCUGGUGUCCGAAACAAAAGUGGUUUGUAAUGAAUCUAUCCCUAACCCUAUCACGACUGUUCCAAUUCCUGUUCCUCUAGAUUCUGAUGAAGCAAAGACUGUAACUAUACUCAGCGGCACGAUGGUGAAACCAAAAAAGACAAAAAUCGAAAACAACAUAACCCAUGGAAACGAACAAAUUGAAAUUACAAAUAUAAUUAGUACAAAGGAGAUUAAAGACGGAAGUACAAUGAACACCGACGCCAGUUUGAGUACUGAAUCGAGUUUAAGUCCCUCUGAACCAAUGGACUGUAAUAGCACGCCGAACAUAUCACCAGCUCAUGGUAUUAAAUGUACCAACGGUUCAAAUGAGGAUGUUGCUAUGAGCGAAAACUCUACUUCUAGUGGAAGCAUGCAAGUUGAUACCAAUCAAAUGGUUGUUGAAAACAGUACGGAUGGAGAUAG